UAGAUAAAUCACACACAUAUACAUGGCUUCAGGAAGUGGUACAACUCCAAAGACGGCAUCUGGGUUUCACCCUACAGUGUGGGGUGACUUCUUUAUCAACUAUGAACCACAAUGCUUGCAGCGGCCAGAGAAAUGGACAAGAGACAGAUGCAAUGAAUUAAGAGCAGAGGUAACUCAGCUGUUCGAUGCUUUUGAGGGUGUGGCGGAAAAACUGAAUCUAAUCGACACACUCCAGCGCCUUGGGAUAAACCAUCUCUUUGAGGAACAGAUAGCCACCACCCUGAAAGCCAUUCACAGUGCUGAAUUUGACAGCCCUAGCCUUCAUGACGUUGCCCUCCGGUUUCGCCUGCUGAGGCAGCAAGGGUUCUGGGUUUCAUCAGAUGUUUUCAACAAGUUCAAAAAAAUAGAUGGGAGCUUUGUCGUUGAUGACAGAACAAAUGACCCAAAAGGCCUUUUAAGCUUAUACAACGCGGCUAACGCUACCCACAAUGAGGAAAUCCUGGAGGAAGCUAUCCUAUUUUCAAGGCAUCAGCUGGAGCUAAUGAAAAGUAGCCUCAUGUCCCCAAUAUUAGCUAAACAAGUUUCACGUGCUCUCCAGAUACCAUUACCCAGAACCUUGAAUAGAUUUGAGGCCAUAUCUUACAUGUUAGAGUAUGACGAUGUACACAAGCAAACAUACAACCCCUCCAUACUGGAGCUUGCCAAGCUGGACUUCAACCUUCUCCAGCAUAUUCACCAAAAGGAGCUCAAGGUCAUUACUCAGUGGUGGGAGGAUCUUUCAAAAGACACAAGACUAGACUAUAUAAGAGAUCGCAUUGUUGAGUGUUACUUUUGGGCGUACUCUAUAUAUUUUGAGCAAGAGUACACAUGUGCACGGAUGAUCCUUACCAAGUUUUUCAUGCUAAUAUCAUUAUUAGAUGACACUUACGACACACAUGCCACCUUGGAGGAAUGUCGAAAGCUUAAUGCGGCUAUACAAAGCUGGGAUAAGAGCGAUGUUUCUGUCCUACCAGAUUAUCUGAAGAAAUUCUUCCUGGAGGUGAUGAGCAACUUCGCAGAGUUUGAGAAUGAACUGGAACCACAUAUCAAGUAUCGCAAUGCUUACAAUAGGAAAGUGUUUCAAUUGCUAUCCGGGUAUUACCUUCAAGAGGCAGAAUGGUUCCAUCAUAACUACAUCCCAAGUUUCAAUGAGCAAAUAAGUGUGUCUGUGAUGUCUGCAGGUAUUCAAGCACUAAGUGUUUGUAUACUUGUUGGCAUGGGUGAUAUAGUAACCGACGAGGCACUCGAGUGGGCCAUUGGCAACAAUGAUGCUGUUAGGGCUGGUGGUGAGGUGGCACGUUUCACUGCAUUUAAGAACGGAAGGAACAAAUUGGAUGUAGCCAGCUCCAUGGAGUGCUACAUGAAUGAGUACAAUGUUACCAGUGAGGUUGCUCUGGCUAAGAUAAGUUCUUUGGUUGAAGAUGCAUGGAAAACUAUAAAUCAAGCACAUAUAGAUCGUCAAGAACUGUUGCCAUUUGUACAUCGAAUCACCAACCUAUCAAGGAGCAUGGCUAUUUUGUUUCUUGACAAACGAGACGCAUAUACAUACAGUAAGGAUUUUAAGGGGACGAUGGAGAAGCAUUUCGUCAAACCAAUUCCCCUAUAACUACCACAUAUAGCAGCUAGAAUUAUUUUAAUUUUGAAUUGACCGACUAAGAUAUUGUCAUCACAUAUGGUUUGAUUUGAGACUCAUUUAUUGAACCUCUCAACUUGCCUUUACGUAUGCACUAUAUAUUGUCAUCACAUAGGUGCAUGUACGUACUACCGCGUAACUGUUUGGAUUGAAUACAACAUAUUAAUAUAUUAUAAGGAAUAAUGAUUGUUAUAUGAUCGUGCGUUUCAAAACCAUUCAUC